AGGGAACACAAGACUGCAACGGUUUCCACUCUCUUCUCCGAAAAACCUGUCUCUUGUUCUGUCCCUGUCUCUGUCUCUGUCUCUCGAACAUAAAAAUAAAAUUGAAUGAAUUAGCUCCACUAUUGCUUCUGUUACUUUAUUUCUAAAUUAAUUUCAUCUCUAUUUUAUUUCGCACCUCGAAAUCUUAUCCAUUCCAAAAGCAAACAGAUUGUGUAAAAAGCGACAUAGUUGUAAUAUCAAUCACAGGCUGUUUGGUUUAUAAUGGACCCUAACAUAAUGAAGCUUCUUGAAGAAGACGAGGAUGAAACCAUGCAUUCCGGUGCUGACGUGGAGGCUUUUCAAGCUGCCUUAAAUCGGGACAUCGGGGGUGAUGUCUCCACCUCUCAGCCGUCUGAUUCGAGUUCGGUUUUGUCCCACGAAAACAAUCAAAGUUCCAGUCAACAAUUUCCAAAUUGGCCAACUGUGGGGCAAAAUGACAAUGCCAGUAACACUGAAGAACAUGAUGCAAAAAGUGUUGAACAACAACAUCAUCAGGAGCAGCAGUCAUCUGCAAUGGAGACAAAGCAGCAUGUACCUAAUGCUGAUAACCAACAACAAAAGGGGGAUGUCCUGCAGGAACCAACCCACCCACCAGUGCUUCAGAAAAAAAAUCAAGAUGAUAUUAAACAAGAGCUUGUGGAACAAGCUCCUGUCCAGACUCCUCAAUCUAUUGGGGCGCAGAGUUCUGAGCAAAAUCCUACCCCAAAAUCCGAGCCUGAUAAAAUGCAAAUUUCAGAUGUUGAUUCUCAAUUUUUAAAUUUUCAGAAGAUAGGCAAUCAGCAAACUACAGGCACAGAUCAGGCUGCUAACCAAAAGAAUAGCAAGCAGAUACCCUUUGUAUUAUUGUUGCCUGCCUUGAAACCUCAUCUUGAUAAAGACAGAGAGAUGCAGCUGCAAACUUUGUUUAAUAAACUGAGGAAAAAUGAAAUUGCGAAAGACCAAUUUGUUAGACUUAUGAGAAAUAUUGUUGGGGAUCAAGUGCUCAGGUUGGCAGUUGCACAACUGCAAUCACAGUCAGGUUCCAACCAAUCCCAGUUACAGUCUCAAGCUGGUCGCCAGAACAAUGUGAGAAUGCCUGCUGGAAUCAGUGCUACUCAAUUUCCUGAUCCACAUCAUUUACUUCACCCUAGGGGAUCUAUUUCUUCAGAACCAUCUCGUAAUCCUCCGUCAGCAGUCCAAUUGCAGACUGAUUCAAGCAUUGUCAAUUCUCAGAAAUCCAAAGCAGUGGAAUGGCAGGCAGAUUCUCUUGGAAUACAAGCUAGCCAGUUGCAUUCUUCCAGUACCAGUAUUGUCAAUCAAGAAAGGGAGCGACCUUCUAUUUCAAUGCAAGGGCAGAACAAACAGCAACAACAUGUGCACUUUCCACCAACUUCCUUUCCAAUGUAUGGAAGCAGUGGUGGUAAUUACAAUCCAUAUCCUGGGACUAAAGUUAGUACUUCAGGACCAUCUGUGAAGCCGCAACCCCAUGAUCAACAAACAAGGCAAAUUUCACAUCAUCAGAACAUGGGCGGGACACAAGUAGGAGGGCCACCACAUAACAUGAUAAGCAUGCCGAAGUUUGAGAGGCAAAAUUCUGCUAAUGAUUCUAGUAGAGUGCACAGUGGUUCUGUUUCCCAUUAUACAAACAAAUCGGCUGUACAACAGAAUUCAGUUCCUUGGCAAGCGCCACCAAAUAGAGAGCAAAGUCCUGCUCCAUUCUCAUCAAUGAAUUAUGUAAAACCGGGCUCUCUUGAACAGGCUGGUGAGCAGCAGAAUAAACCCCAGUUGUUGAGCCCUCAAGUGCUGCCUCCUGCACCCGAACAGGGAAAUGCCAUAUCAGGAAAUUUAAAGGAUCAAUCUUUAGACAAGCAAUCUUCUAAAGUUGUUUUUUCAACAUCUACUGGUAUGGUUCCCCCCAGUUCUGUUUCCCCUUCAAUUGUGACUCAACUGGACCCCAAUGGCCAGGUAAGCUCGCGAAACCCAUCUGUAGCUUCUCCUGCUGGAGUUAGUGCAAGAACACCUCCCAAAAAACCUUCUGUUGGCCAAAAGAAGCCAUUUGAAGCACUUGGUUCAUCGCCUCCUGCAUCAAGUAAGAAGCAAAAGGUAGCUGGGGCUUUUUCUGAUCAAAGCAUUGAACAACUCAAUGAUGUCACUGCUGUCAGUGGAGUUAAUCUCAGGGAAGAGGAAGAACAACUAUUUUCAGGGACAAAGGAGGACAGUCGAGUUUCAGAAGCAUCACGGAGGGUUGUACAGGAAGAAGAAGAAAGGCUCAUUUUGCAGAAAAUUCCUUUGCAGAAAAAAUUAGGAGAGAUCAUGGCCAAAUGUGGUUUGAAGAACAUUGGCAAUGAUGUUGGGCGAUGCUUGUCUUUGUGCGUGGAGGAAAGGAUGCGUGGACUGAUAAGUAACCUGAUCAGGCUGUCAAAACAGCGUGUUGAUGCUGAGAAGCCAAGACACCAGACUCUAAUUACUUCGGAUGUUAGGCAACAGAUAAUGGCAAUGAGCCGGAAAGCUCGGGAAGAAUGGGAGAAAAGGCAGGCUGAAGCAGAAAAGCUCCAAAAAGUUAACGAUCCCGAGGGUGAAAAUGGAGGUGAAGGUGACAAGGAGAAAGAUGAAGGUCGCGUGAAGUCAGUGAAGGCUAACAAAGAGGAGGAUGAUAAAAUGAGGACAACAGCUGCUAAUGUUGCUGCUCGAGCUGCUGUUGGAGGAGCUGACAUGCUGUCAAAAUGGCAACUAAUGGCUGAACAAGCACGGCAGAAACGUGAAGUAGGGAUGGAGGGGGCAUCCAGUUCCCAGCCAGUUAAAGAUGUGAACCGCAAUCCUCAAUCACCAUCUGGAAGAAACGUGAAAGAAAAUCUCGAAGCAGAAAAAAGGAGCCCGGCAGUUCCUCCUUCUGCAUCUGGAGCUGUUAGGAAAUUUGGAAGGAAUCAAGCAAUUGCGCCUCAAACGAAGGUGGUUCGUACUAUUACUGUUAAGGAUGUGAUGGCGGUGCUGGAAAGGGAACCUCAGAUGUCCAGAUCUACUCUGAUCUACCAACUGUACGAGCGAAUCAGGUCUGAGGCUGCACCUGAAUAACGUCACACGGGCCUCCCAGAUAAUGGUGGCUUUUUGUAUUUUGCUCGACAAGAUUGUGAUCCUGAGUUUUGCAUGCUCAAUCAUGGUCUGAUUUAUAUGAUAAAUCACUGUAAAGGUUCUGCCUCGACAUGAUCGGGCUCAGACGUUCAAGUUAUAACCGUCCACAGUAACUUGGUGGGCGCCAGAAGAUGUGCCCUUGGUCAAUGUGUUAGCUGUUUCUCGUGUUAAUUUGUCACCUUAAUUCUUGCUUUCCUCAUUGAAUGCAAUUCGCUAUCUGACGCAUUUCUGGUAAAACUUGGCAUCGAGCAGAUUUCGUAACUCCUAUCGAACAACAUGAGCCAUGGCCAUGCAAGUUAAGGCAAGAUUUUAUCA